AUGCCAGAAACAAGUCUGUCAACUCUUGUGAAAGAAAUCGGAGAAGCUUUGCUGCUAGAUGACAACAAUGAGGAUCAGGAAGCUUAUAAGAAGUAUAUCAGCUGCAUUUACAAAAUAGCAACAAAUCUCUUUGUAGCAGUUGAGAAAUCAGGUGGCCAUGUUGUUGUGGACAGCAAGACGUCGAAGCAAGUCAAGCUGGUGCAGCAGUGUGUGGAGCGAGUUAGCUCACUCCUGGAAAAGAUGGAAAAUGUAACAUCAGAAUCAGGAUCCUCCUCCCUGGUGAUGCAACAAUCUUCUCCUGUGGGGACCUCAGCAUCACACAACAGAGAGAUACCCCCCAGCAGCAGUUCAAGUGCAGUAGGUAAAUCAGGUGUUCCGACUUUACCAACAGUUCCAAACACAGCUGUAGCUUUUCAACAGCAGCAGCAACAGUGGCAUCAACCACAACAGCAGAUGAAGUCAGUGGUGCCAACCGAUCAGUCCAGAAAUCCCCCAAAUCAUUUCAUCACUUCAGUCCCCUCACUGGCAAUAGAGAAUAACCCGCAUGCUUACAGUGCACACAAAGCACAUGCCCUGACUCCAAUGGAAUUAGCCAGGAGACAAAACCAAUCCCUCAUGGUUGCAUAUAGGGCAAGGAUGGAGAGACUCAAUCGUUCUGAUUUCAAUGCGUACAACUAUAGUUUGACCAUUCAAAGAAAAAUGGCAGAGAAUAUUGCCAUAGCUAAGGCGCAGGAGGAAGAGCUUGCCAGGAAGAUGCAAGCCAGAAAUCUCCGGCUUGAAGAGAAAGCAGCAAAGAGAUUUGCUGCCCCUGCGGGAAUGUCAAAAGAAGAACAGGAACAGAGGCUAAUUUAUACGAAAAUAUUACAGUACGAACAGGAUGCAACCUGGUUGAAACAGUGGAGAAGCAAAUUGGAAACCAACUCACAAGACCCUAUUUUGAUCAGUCAGUUGGUGCAGGAGUAUUCUGCGGUGGUGUUCCGAUCACCCUUCACUGAUUACUUCACAAGUAUCAAAUGCAAGAUAUAUCAGAGGCUGGUAUCCCGCUCAUAG